GCCUUGCGGUAACAAUGGCUGCUAAUAAUAAAUUUUUUUUAUUUGAAAAAAGUUUUUUAGUGCUUGUGUAUAAAUAAUCCAGUGUUUAAUUAAUUAAUUUAUUUUUUUGUAAGUAUAAAUAUUUAAUUUUAUUAUUUUUUUAUAAUUGAGAUUUAAAUUGAGAUCGAUAACGUAGAAAUUUUACAGCAUUAUAUUACAAAGGAAAAUGGCCGAGAAAGAGAGAGAUAUCAAAACAAAUUAUGACGUGAGCAUGGCGUCCUGUUUUUUCUGGUAUGUCAAAAUAAGAAAAUAAUAAACUCCUGUCAAACUGAGUGAUUAUUAUGAGUGAAAAAAAAUGCCUGUGGAUAUAAAUCGUUUGACCGAGGGUUGGCUUGAGCUUGAAAGUGACCCAGGUUUAUUUACUUUGUUACUUGAAGAUUUUGGUGUAAAAGGUGUACAAGUUGAAGAAAUAUAUGAUUUACAAAAAUCCAUUGAGGGUCCAGUUUAUGGAUUUAUAUUUUUAUUCAGAUGGAUUGAAGAGAGACGAUCAAGACGUAAAAUAGUUGAACAAGAUGAAGGCUUUGUCAAGGAUGAAGAUAUUGUUAAUAAUAUAUUUUUUGCACAACAAGUCGUUCCAAAUAGUUGUGCAACACAUGCAUUAUUAUCAGUAUUAUUAAAUUGUCCAAGUAUACAUCUGGGUACAACAUUAUCACGUUUAAAACAACAUACAUCUGGUAUGUGUCCAGAAAAUAAAGGUUGGGCAAUUGGUAAUACACCUGAAUUAGCAUGUGCUCAUAAUUCACAUGCAAUGCCACAAGCUAAACGUCGACAAGAUAAAAAUACUGGUGUAUCAACUGGUAGAUUUACUGGUGAAGCAUUUCAUUUUGUUAGUUAUGUACCAAUUAAUGGACGUUUAUUUGAACUUGAUGGUCUUAAACCAUAUCCAAUGGAUCAUGGACCAUGGAAAGAACAUGAAGAAUGGACAGAACAAUUUAGAAGAGUUAUAACUGAUCGUCUUGGUAUAUCAACUGGUGAACAAUUACAAGAUAUUAGAUUUAAUUUAAUGGCUGUUGUACCAGAUAGACGUCUUGCAAUAUCACAUAAAUUAACAAUGCUCAAAACAAACAGACAAAUCGUACUUGAAGCAUUACAACAAUUGGUUAAAUUAAGUCAUCAAGAUCCUAAUACUGAUAAUAAUAAUCAACAGCAGCAGCAGCAACAACACAAUACUGAUAUUGAUAAUAAAUUACAUAGUAUUAAUAAGACUGAUAAUAAUAUUAAUAUAACAACAACAACAUCAUCAGCAACAACAACAAUAAAUGUUGAUAAUGUCCAACGUACUACUUCUACUACUAAUAAUAAUAAUAUUAAUAAUGAUAAUAAUAAUCAUGAUGAUAAUGAUGAAGAUGAUAAUAAUAAUGAUGACGAUGAUGAUGAUUAUGAUGACGAUGAGGAGGAAGAUGAUGUUGAUGAUGUUGUUGACGAAGUUGAUAAUGAUCCUGAUGAUAAUAAAAAUCAUAUUAAAAAUAAUAAUGGCGGUGGUGAUAAAGUUGUCAUGUGUGAACUUGAUUAUGCAACACCAUUGAGAAUUCAAACAUCACCAGCACAUAGUUCUUCAAGUACAGAUACAUCAUCAGAAAUUGGAUCUGCAUUUAAUUCACCAACACAAGCAUGGGGAUGGAAUUCUGGUCAAAGUAGUCCAACAUCAACAAAAGAUUUUAAAAAAUUUGUGGUAAUUAGAGUAGCUGGUGAUGAAAAAAAUGAAGCUGGUUUGAGUCGUUCAUUGGGUAACAUAAAUAUAAAUGGUAAACGACUUGUAUCUGAUUCUGGUCAUCUUCAUAAAAAAGUAUGUUUAUCUGGUGAAGUUAGAAUACCACAUGCUAGAGUUAAAACAAGUAAUGGUGAUACAGUUACUGAAGAAAAAAAAGUUGAAAAAAUUGAUUCAAAAUUUAGCUCAAAAUAUCCAGAAUUAUUUGAACCACAUACAUUUGCACCAAAAGAUCUUUUAGCAUUAUUAAAAAAUUUAGAACAUGAAAUAAGUAUUUGUGAAACAAGUUUAAAAGAUGAAAAUGAUAAAAGAAAUAAAUACAAGGUUGAUGAUUGUAGAAGAACCCACAAUUAUGAUGAAUUUAUAUGUACAUUUUUAUCAAUGUUAGCACAACAAGGAAAACUUGCUGAAUUGGUACAACAACAUUUAACAUUAAAAAAACAUACAUCUGUUAAUAGCAAUGUUAAUAAUCGUGUACACCGAACAUCUAAAAAAACUGAUUCAGCACGUCCAAAUGCAUCAAGACGAAGACGUGGUAGAACUAAAUGUAAAAAACGUAAAUGAAUAAUUUUUUCAAAAUGGCAAACAAACAACAAAAUCAUCACACAAUACUUUUAAAAUUAAUAAUUCAAAUAAUUAUACAAGUGAGUACUUUUAUUUAUAAACAAAAAUUAUAAUUAAAUAAAUAAUUUAAGACAAAAUUAUUAUCAAUAUAUUUAUAACAGCUAUUUAAAGAGAAUAUAUAUAUAAAAUAAAAUAAAUAACAAAAAAAAAAAAAUAUUAAUAUGAUAAUGGAGGUUUUUUUUCUUAUUUUUUUUUUUUUUUUUUAUUAAAAAUAUUACUUGAUUAUUUUACUGUAAAAAACAUUUAUAAUAUUUUUAUUUAUAUGACAACAACACAGUGUUGAUGUUUCCUUAAAUUUUACUUAAAAAUUCAAGGAUAAAGUUGACUAUUUUUUCUUUUUUUUUAAAUAACUUUUAUUAUUUACAAUUGUGUGUAAGGAUCAAUGUCCUCUUUUUUUAUAAGAGUUGUUCAUUUGUGAAUCAUCCGGAAAUAAUGAUUAGAUUAAAAGGAAAUUCCCCAAAUUUAUGAUUACGAAAUUAUUAUCUUUAUUUUUCAUUUUUUUUUUUUUUUUUUUUUCUUAAUUUGUGACGAGCACAGCUCAUUUAUUUACAAUAUUUUUAUCAUUAAAUAUUUAUUAUAUUUUAUAUAGAUUAUAAACGCCCACAGUAAUUAUUUUUUUUUUUUAUUUUUAUUUUUUUUUUUACAAAAAUCAAGUGCAAAGCUUUACAGCGACUAGAGCUUGCAAUUGUUAUUAUUUUUAUUAUUAUUAAAAACGAUAAUUAUCGUUGAUUUUAUUUAUUUUUUUUUUUCGUUAUUUUCUGGUUUUAUUAUUAAUUUUAUAGGCACUGGUAGUAACAGUUUUUUUUUGUUUAUUAAUUUUUAAAUUAUUUCAAUUUUUUCAUCUGGGAUUAUAAAAAUAGCUCGUUAUUAUUAAAUAAACUUUUUUUUUUUUUUUUUUUUAUAGCAUGAUUGCUGAUAAAUAAAAAAAGAAAAAUUUCAAUUUUUAAUAAUUAUUACAUUUUUUUUUUUUAAAUAUUUGUAAGCAGUCUUGAGUUGGGCUUUUUAAAAAUCUUGAAAAAAAAAAUUAUAAAUAUAUAUCUACUCAUCUGGGACUAAUCACUGUUAUUAUUAUUAUUAUUAUUUUAUAAUAAAUUUCUUUGAAAUAUUUACUAUUUAUUUUUCCAAUUGACAUAACAAAUUUUAUUUCGAUUUAAAUAUUUUUUAAUUGUCAAAUAUGUGUCGUAAUUAAUUUGUAAUAUCCAUAGAGAUGCGUUGAUCUUUUCUUAUCAUUAUUUCAAUAAACAAAUAAAAAUAUUAUUAUUAUUAUUUAUAUAUAGUAGUAGUACCUUGACACAAAUUUAUAAAUAUUCGACAGGGACACAUCAAGUUAUUCUUCAAAUCAAUAAACCAGAAUAGUAAAAAAUAAUAAAAAUAAUAAUAAUAAUAACUCAACAUUUUUUUUUUUUUUUUUUUCAUGUAAUUCGAAGCACCGUGGGCAUUGACUAUUUACAAAAAAAUAUUUAUAAUAAUAUCACACAAGUACCAAAAAAAUUAUAUCAAGAAAAAAAGAAAAAGAAAAAUAUUAUUAUUCUUUUUUUUUUUUCAUUUUUAUUUGGUACUUGUGCGAAUUAAUAUAAUAAUAAUAAUAAUAGUAAUAAUAAUAUUAAUAAUAAUAUGCGUAUAUUUAUAGACUAAUUAAAUACGGUUGAUUAAUGAAUAAAUGUUUUUGUGGCGGUGAUGAGAAGCCGGUAGUUGCGAUCAGUUUAAUCAC